CCCGAAAUUUUUAACGAUUGUUAACAACUGCAAGAGCUGGAUAGAGAUCAACAUCUGAAGUGGUAGUGGCGUAAGAAAAUCUUACCACCGGCCCCGAUAACAUCAUGGCUGAAGCGGAACAGGCGCCCGAACAAGACAAGGCGACCGCUCAAGGAAAGCAAAUUAUCGCAACCAAGGUCACCGGUACAGUGAAAUGGUUUAACGUUAAAAGCGGCUAUGGUUUUAUAAACAGAAAUGACACCAAAGAAGAUGUGUUUGUCCAUCAGGUAUGUAUCUAUAAGUACUUUUUUAUUUUUUAUAUUCUACAAUCUAACAUGCUGAUUUAUAUCUUUUUUGGUUUCUUAUUGUUACUCAUUCUAGGUUUUUGUAUGAAUCAGUGUACAUUAGACAUAGAUACUUUAUAUAGCCAGUGCUUUUUGCAUAGCACCUUCACUGCUUCAUAUAACAAUCAAUAUUGAUAACACUAAUCAGCA